GAAAAGAAGUGCUGUCGUUUGUCGACGUAACCACACUUCAACAAAAUAACUUGGAAAAUCGAGAGUCAAAUCCAGGCGAAUGAAUAAUAAUGUUUAAAAUUUUGCAAAUUCUGCCUAAACGCCCCAUUCUGAAACUGUUCGAACCAAACCGUUCGCAUAAUGUGAGGACAAUACUCUCGCAAGCUUAUUACUGUGAGGAUGUCUGGAACCAACGACUUAGUAACCCCGUUCUACAAAAAGUAAACUUGGAUGAUUUGUUUUAUGAACUGGACCAAAGAUUUAAUAAAACGAAGCAGCUUAAUGCUAUUGACAUCGAUGUGUUUGCCAAUGCCAUACGGGAUGAUUCGUUAUGUGACGAACUACUGGAUGUUGUUCACAAACUUAGGAUCACAGCAGACACAUGCAAUACGUUGGAAUCCACCAGUCAUGCUGUAGUGAGAGUUUUGUUGCAAUCUGGCAAAGCCGAAGAACUUAUAAAUGCUCUGGAUGAUCGACUCAACUAUGGAUUGUUCCUGGACUAUUACACAGCAAACCUACUUAUGGAUACCUUCUGGAAGUCGAAAGAAUACACCCAUGGGGCACGAGUGGCAAGCCAACUUAUGUUGCAGGAAGAAGUGGAGCAUCCCUUGUUUUGUAGCUUUGCCCUGCUGCACUGCUACAAUUAUCUACUGAACCCAACGGGUUGGCCAGAAUAUGCGCCCCCACCUGAACCUGAAGAAGAAGUUAAAAUCAGGGUAAAGUAUUUAAGAAACCCGUAUGAUGACGAACACUUUGACUUGAGGGAUGGCAAGAAAAUCGUUGGCAAAACCCUGGCCAUGAUCAGCAAACGGAAAAAUGACCCCUUGCAUCAAAGCUUCUAUGUAUUGGGAUUAGCAUUGUUUGGAAAACCAGAUGUUCUGAGAAGUUUCACUUCGGAAGUCACCAAACCUCUAUAUAAAGAAGUGUUAGCCCUAAUCCCCGAAGAAAGCAACGUUGGAGAAAUAAUAAAUCAGCUUCAAACAGAAUCAAUAGAUCUAAGCAACGUACUCAUCGAGAAUGUGAAAACAGCCGCACAACAGACUUUAGAAAGCGAUAUUACCCAACAGUGCGACACCUUUAAAAAAUGGGAAAGCGACCGCAUCCAGCAGCUAGAAGCACAAAAAGAGAGACUGAAGACGGCCAAGAGACUACAGAGCAUUGAGGACAUCAACAAGGCAUUGAAAGAAAAGGAGGAAAGGCUGUGGUUCUUUGAAAAUGAGGAAACAAUUGACCUGGCCAUUGAGAGCAAAGUCAAAUACUACCCGACCAGAUGGUUUGGACCCAGAAGGAAACCCAAGGAAGCAGAUGCAAGUUACGUACCUCCAGAAGUACAUACAAAGCAAUUAGGUUAAACUUAUAACGUUGUGUAUAUUUUCUUGAGUAAAAUAAUAAUUUCA